AUGCCUCACGCUGACGCCUCAUACUUCACCCCAGGCCAAACUAAAGCCGACAUCUACACCCAAGUCCUCGAGCAAACAAAGGGUCUCCUAGACGGCCAACGGAACUGGGUCAGCAACCUCUCAAAUGUCUCUUCCCUCCUCUGGCACGCCUAUGCAGCUCUACCAAGCCCAUCCUCAUCUGUAAAUUGGGCCGGUUUCUAUAUCCGCGAUGACAAGUUCCCCGCGCUCGCCUCGCCCGUUUCUUCUCCGCCACUCGAAGGCUCCGAUAGUCUGGGCAGCGUUACCAUCUCAACUACAUAUGCCUCGCCAGAAGACCACCUUCUACUACUAGGUCCCUUCCAGGGAAAGCCAGCUUGCCAGCAGAUCAAUUUUGGUCGCGGUGUUUGCGGUACUGCGGCUGCUAGUCAGAAAACACUUGUUGUGCCUGAUGUGUUGGAGUUCCCGGGCCAUAUUGCUUGUGACGCGGAGAGUCGGAGUGAGAUUGUUGUUCCCAUUAUCGUUCGAGGCGAGACGGUUGCUAUUAUUGAUAUUGAUUGCGCUGAGCCUGAAGGCUUUGAUGAUGAGGAUAAGAAGUACCUUGAAAAGCUUGCGGAGUUCUUGGCCGAUAGUUGCGAUUGGUGA